CUCGCGUGUUGUGGUGGAUCAGCUGGCAGUCGGGACGAGUAGUGAGAGAAGAGCUCCUUACAAGUCUAGUGCGCAGUUACUACCCUUACCCUCCACCCGCGUUAGACCUGGAAUAAACCGUAAUACCAUAUUGGUCCUUGUUCUUCAGGUGGGAUUUGUGUGCUAUAGUUUCUAAGCCCUGUCGGCCGCUGUCGACAGGGCCCCGAGUGUAAUGUCAUUUCGAAGUGGAGGAGGACCUCAAUUAGUAAGUCGCGGUGGGGGUGUGGGGUUUACGUGUUGGAGGGGGGCCCCGGUUGUGGGCGGCGGCGCGGGCUGAGGCUGAGGGUAAAAUGUGGAGCGUGAGGGCUCUGGUGGAGAGUGCUGUGGAGCAGGGCCGUCGAGUCCUCCAGCACGCCCAAAAGAGGCAGGUCACCCUCGUGCCCCGUCAGCAGACCCGCGCCCCUGACGCUCGCCACAAGCUGAACAAGUGGCAGAGUGAAGGGGGUGGAGGGGUAGGUGUCCAGGUGGCGGAAUUCGUCGGAAGUCAAAAUGGUGCUAGUGUAGGGAGCAGCUCCUCCCUCGCCGCGAGCGGUGUGGUCAGUCGCCUGCGCCCCGUGACAACCCGUCUGGUGCAGGGCUUCGUCAGGAAGGUCUCGGCUCCCCUGUGGGCGGAGGCGCGCCGGAGGGCUACCAAACGACUGGUGUUCGGGGAAUCAGCCCCUUACUUCGCCCUCGUGGGGGUCACGCUGGUGUCCGGGUCACAGCAAGGGCUGGUCACCAAGGAGGACGAACUCGAGAGUCUCUGCGGUAACAUCAGGAUACAACAGAAGAUAAUGACCCUGCCUGCCCACCUACAAAAAGGCAAAAAUCAGAAUCUCCACUCACUCCGAGCAAAAAUGGUAGGGAAGCAGAGGAGGGAGACACGUCCAUGUCUCACGAAGAAGAGGAGGCUGAGACUCCUGAGGAGCUGAUGUCCCAAAGACUCCCCAAAACAAGUUGGAUCUGACAGAGAUAGGAGAGCUGAUGAGGACCAUUCAACUUCCCCCAGCGAUAUUAGUCCAAAUCGGAAGAUGAGGAGAGUCAAAUUCAAGGAGAGCAAUGAUGACAACGAGAGCCUUCUAAAGAGGUCGCAGCCGAUGUCCCAAGGAGCAGUUGCCAAAACGAGCACUGAGCAUCUGGACAAAGAUUCUAACACUGAGGAUACAGUCAGUUUG